GGAUGCGGAAAAGAAGCCCCUGGACACCUGGAGCGAGAGUGCGGAACCAGGCCGAUGAAACGACACGUAUCCGCACCACCUGAAGAACCUGCGCGACGCGUGGGGGUGGUCGUCGACAACGUGUUUCUCGAAGGAAUCAUCAACGAGGCGAAGGAGAGGAAGGAGAAAGAAAGGCAGACGAAAGCGAUACCCAUCCCUCCACCGCGUAGCGCUAACCCCGAACCCCCCGCCAGUCCCGUCGCGGGACCUUCGCGCCCCCGUCCCGAUACACCCGUCGUCUUUCGCAAAGUCGAUCCCGACUGGACACCAGACACCACUCAAUGGACGUGGGACAGCUCCUGGCCGAAUCAGAAGCACCUCUCUGGCGAGGAAUGGAUGAACGUAGGGAGGAACGCGCGUAAGGAGUGGUUCGACGAAGAAGAGGACGACGGCGUAGAUUGGGAGUUGUAUGGAGAUGUCGGUACUUGUAUAAGUAGUUGUACCAUUAAUCGGUCGAACCCUAAGUUCGACCUGGUUAUUCAUCCAAGUCUCUGCUCCUCUUCGCUUGGGGUAGUGGUCAUUCUCGACUUCCUCGCUCGAUCUUCAGGACGACGCACUGUCCAUAAGCCCUCGCUCGUCGUCUACGAGUCAGGCAUCUAUAUAGGAGUGUAG